UCACUUGUGCCCCUUUUUUUCACAGGACUGCCUCCAAGACUGAACCCCACUGCUGGCGUGGACUUCACCCUCCCUUCAAAUGUGCACCCUUCUGACCUCCCGGAACCCAAAACUAUGCAAACCGCCACCCCAGGGACUCGGCCUGAGCCCACAAGGACGUUCCUACCUGGGGAGCCACCCCCCUGCAGCCCCGGGAGCUUAGGGGAAGAGCCUGAGCUCUCCGGGGCCAGGGAGGCCACCCAGGACCUUGCCAUCAUGCCGCACGCUGCUGAGCAGGGACUCCCACCAGGGAAGGUGGAGGACCCCAGCCCACUGGAGGGGUUACAAGCACUGAGAUUUGGAGACCUUCUCGAAGGAGGGGGCACUGAGGCUGCUGGCCAGACUAAUUCUACUCAGGGAGGGAUGCAGAAUGAGAGGACUGUGGAUCAGGGGGUACCACAGCCGCCUUUGGGGGCUACCCCUCAAGCACUGGAACAGGUAUCAGGGAGCCCGGUUGCCCUGGACAAGGAAGAAGGUUCACAGAGGGUCCCUGAUGCGGCCCUGCUACAGGAAAAGGAAACCCGGCUGGAGGAGAGUGGGAGGGACUCAGAGGUGGACUGGGGCGCCCCCAACCUCAACCACCCAUUCAAAGAGCUGCCGGGCUUAGAUGCCUUGGUUGCUGCCACCGUGGACCUAGGGGACCUGCCUGACAUCAGCCUACCAGAUCCUCAGAGCCCAGGAGCCUCUGUGCCGCUCAGCACGGCCCCUCUGCCCCAUAGCUCAGGGAUUCAUGGGAUCGCCCUGCUAAGUGAGCUGGCUGACCUGGAGAUACAGCGGCAGAAGAGCGAGCUGGCCACGCGAGCAGAGGACGAGGAUGUGCUGGCCUUCAACCUGCAGCACCUGGCCACCCUGGCCACAGCCUGGUCCCUAGUGGAGGCUGCUAGCUUGGACAGCUCAGUCACCUCACUGCAGGCCCCAGCUGCUGAUCCAGACAGAGGCCCCAGGCUCACCCCUAGGAUGCAGAUCCUGCAGCGCAAGGACACCUGGGCCCCUAAAACUAAGCCUGUAUGUCCCCUGAAGGCGGCCAUUGAGCGGCUGGACACGCAGGAAGUGGAGGUGCGCAUGCAGCUGGCAGAGCUGCAGAGGCGCUAUAAGGAGAAGCAGCGGGAGCUGGCGCGCCUGCAGCGCAGACAUGACCACGAGAGAGAGGAGAGCUCACGGAGUCCUGCACGUCGGGGGCCCGGCCGGCCCAGGAAGCGCAAACACUCAAGCUCACUGCCUGCUCUGCGUCCCGGGGGCCAGCUUGCCAGAAAUGACAGCAAGAAAGCCAAGGCUGUUCGUGCCAGCCUAAGUCUGCUGUGUGCUGAGCUACGAGGUGACGGGCCCACAAGGAAGAGAAGCAAACUAGAAAAGAAGGCGUACACGGGCCUGCAGACAGCAUCCUCGGGAAAAGUGCGGUGUAAGAAGAGCAGUGGCCAGGCCGAGCUGUCGUCCUCAGUGGCCCACAAGGUGGCCCAGCUGAAGCCAAAGGUCAAGAGCAAGGGGCUGCCCGCUGGCCUCGGCCUCGGAGGCGCCUUCCAGCACAAAGAGGCUGCCCCAGGCAGCGGCUAUGACAGUGAGGACUGCCAGGCACUCCUGGGGACAGAGGUGGCUCCUAGGGAGCCUGGGCUGGUGCUACACCCAGGGGCUGGCGUGGCUGUGCUGGGACCCUCACCUUCCUCCGUGGUCAAGAUGGAAGCCAACCAGAAGGCCAAGAAGAAGAAGGAGAGGCAGGGGUUGCUAGGGGCCUGCCGCCUGUCCAGCCCUGAGGGCGAGGUUAAGAUCAAGAGACGGACAGUAAAAAGCAAAGUGGGCCCCAAGCUGGAGCGGGCACCGGGACGGCGGCCCCCGGGUGCACCAGGCAAGAAGAAAACCAAGGGCAAGGCGAAAAGUGGCCUUCGUGCAGAGCCUGGAGCCACCAGCAGGGAUGCCCUUUUCGGCCCCACCCGGGCCUUUGCCUGCAGAGAAGGGGGCAGCAAGCUUGCCAGUGAGCGCCUCAAGCGGGCCACACGCAAGAGCGCCAUGUUGCAGCCAGUCCUGAGGCGGAAGAAUGGGGCCCUGUCCAUCGCCCUGUCGGCCCGCAAUGCCAAGGCCAUCCUGGGGAAGAGCAGGAAGCUGACGAAGGUGAAGAGAGAGACUGUCAGCAAGCAGUGGCUCACCCAGGGCCAGGGCCGAGCCGUGAGCCGGCUGCUGGAGAGCUUCACUGUGGAGGAUGAUUUCGAGUUUGACGAUGACAGCAGCUUCUCGGAGGAGGAAGAGGAAGAAGAGGAAGCCAGCGCCCAGCUGAGCGCAGAGCAGAGCGCCGCCCUAGCACGUUCCUGCACCAUCCACAAGGAAGACCUGCAGGACGGACUGCCUGUGCUGAUCCCAAAGGAGGACAGUCUGCUGUACGCGGGCAGCGUCAGGACCCUGCAGCCCCCCGACAUCUACAGCAUCGUCAUCGAGGGCGAGAGAGGCAACCGCCAGCACAUCUAUUCACUGGAGCAGCUGCUGCAGGAGGCGGUUCUGGACGUCCGGCCACAGUCCAGUCGGUACCUUCCACCCGGUACCCGGGUCUGCGCCUACUGGAGUCCAAAGUCUCGGUGCCUAUAUCCAGGCAAUGUGGUGCGAGGUGCUUCUAGCGACGAAGAGGAAGACCUGGACUCGGUGGUGGUAGAGUUUGAUGACGGAGACACAGGCCACAUAGCUGUCUCUAAUAUCAGGCUGCUGCCUCCGGACUUCAAGAUCCAGUGCACAGAGCCCUCUCCAGCCCUGUUAGUGUCCAGCAGCAGCCGGAGGACCAAAAAAGCACCCAACGAAGCCCCCCCACCCAGCGAAGCCCCCCCUCCUGGCCUGUCCACUAAAGUGCAGGACGGCCCUGAAACUUCCAAGACCCCUGGGAAGAAACCUGUCAGCAAAGACAAAGCUGGCAAAGUCGACCUCCUAACCUCAGGUGCCAAGUCCCCCACGGGUGCCUCAGACCACUUCCUAGGCCGCAGGGGCAGCCCCUUGCUGAGCUGGUCAGCUGUGGCUCAGACCAAGCGGAAAGCGGCGGCGGUGGCGGCGGCUGGCAAAGGGCCAGGGGUGCUGCAGAACCUCUUCCAGUUCAACGGGAGCGCCAAGAAGUUGCGGGCCCGGGAGACCCUGUUUCCCAUGCACAGCAUGGCGACCCCGGUGUUUGGGAAUAGCUUCCGAGCUGACUCCUUCAGCAGCCUGGCCAACUCCUACAUGCCUUUCGCUGGGGGGCCUGGGGCAGGCCUGCCCGGGGGAGCCCACAAGCUGCUUCGGGCCAAGAAGGCUGAGCGGGCUGAAGCUGAAAAGGCUGGGCGGCGGCGGGCAGGCGGCGAGUUCCUGGUUAAGCUGGACCAUGAGGGUGUGACCUCUCCCAAGAACAAAAACUGCAAGGCUCUGCUUAUGAGCGACAAGGACUUUGGACAGAAGUUGGGGCGUCCUCUGGCCAGCCCCAGUUAUGCACACCCAGCCCUCCUGGGCAAGGACAAGAAGGGGCGGGCGCCUGUGCAUCCACUACCCAUGGGGCUGGCCCUGCGCAAGUACCCGCUGCCCUGCGACAGCGACUGCCCCAGCUCGUACUCGGACGAGGAUGAUGAUGGGCCGGGGCUGCCCACCGGCGUGCCCUCCCGGUUCCUCACGCGCCUAUCCAUGUCGUCCACAUCCUCUGGCUCGUCCACAUCCUCUUCCUCAGGCUCCAUGUCAACUUCCAGCCUCUGUUCCUCAGACAAUGAAGACUCCUCUUACAGCUCGGACGAUGAGGACCCUGCCCUGUUGCUGCAGACCUGUCUCACGCGGCCCGUGCCGGCACUCCUGGCCCCACCCGAAGCCCUGCGCUCCAAGGGGAGCAGCCCCCACGCCCACACCCACGCCCAGCGCUGCUUCCUGUCCAGGGCCGGGGCGGCUGGUGCAGGUGCCGGUGCUGGCCCCAGUGGUGGGAGAUCCAAGUUAAAGCGCAAGGAGGCCCUGAGCUUCUCCAAAGCCAAAGAGCUUUCCCGGAGGCAACGGCUACCCUCCGUGGAAAACCGGCCAAAGAUCUCAGCCUUCCUGCCUGCCCGGCAGCUCUGGAAGUGGUCUGGAAAUCCCACACAGAGGCGAGGCGUGAAGGGGAAGGCCAGGAAACUAUUCUACAAGGCCAUCGUCCGAGGCAAGGAGACGCUGCGCAUCGGGGACUGUGCAGUCUUCCUGUCAGCUGGACGACCCAACCUGCCCUAUAUUGGCCGCAUCGAGAGCUUGUGGGAGUCAUGGGGCAGCAAUAUGGUGGUGAAGGUCAAAUGGUUCUACCACCCAGAGGAGACCAAGCUAGGGAAGCGGCAGAGUGACGGGAAGAACGCACUGUACCAGUCCUGCCAUGAGGACGAGAACGACGUGCAGACCAUCUCCCACAAGUGCCAGGUGGUAGGGCGGGAGCAGUACGAGCAGACAAUGCGCGGCCGCAGGUGCCAGGACCAGCAGGACCUCUAUUACUUGGCGGGCACCUAUGAUCCUACCACUGGGCGCCUGGUGACAGCUGACGGAGUCAUCCUGUGCUGA